AUGACGAGUGAACAAAAAUUUAUCAACUUAGUAACAAAAUUAACAGAAGACUUCAGUGUUCAUAAACGACAUUGCUUCAAAUUUGGAUCCAAGCAGCUGACCGAUAAAUUGGUGAGAUCGUUGGAGGGAACUAUAAAUAAAAUUACGAGGUCCAUUGAAUAUGUUAAAGAAUUCUCGAAAAGAGACAAAGCUGAAUGCUGUACCAGAAUGUUGGAAGAACUUGUUGAGGAAGUGAUGGAGGAUGAAAAACUUCUUUGUAAGAGUCAUUUUUUAAAAUUUCUUCAGUCCCAAUAUCGAGAGCUUCAAAUAUUGUUCCGGGGCUACGCAAGAGAAAAGCUAAAAGACGCGGAAAAGCUUGACAGAAAAAUUGGACAAUUCCCGGAGUACGCUCUCAAGACGCCGGAAUUUCCGCAACAUUUAACAUUACUGGGGAUUCUCGACGAAGAAGAGUUUUCUUCUCGUGAUAAAACAGUUUCGGAACGCAUUGAGUACUAUAAAAAGAAGAUACAGAAAUUGGUAGAUGAAAAGCGACACUUUGAAGCUGUUGAAAAAACCAGGCUCGAAACUUAUAUUACAAAUAGAAGAUCGAAAAAGAUGGCAACAAAUGCACCCCGAAUAAACGAAAAAAAAUUAUCUGAUGAUGAAUAUAGUGCGCUGUGUGAAAUAAAGUAUCUUCGUUCAACUCUGUCAUUUCUUCAGAAGCGCGUGAGGAGAAAAGCGCGAGUCCAGUACCCCUAUUAUCUAAUGUACGAGGAGAUAAUUGGAAAGUUACCGAAAUACGCGGAAAACUCCUCUGAAUUUCCGGUACAUCUCCAGUUUGAGGGAAUUUGGGACGAUCCUGAAGACACACACGACCGACAGACGUUGCAUCCCAUUCAGUAUUACAAGAAGAAAAUUCGCACCCUUGAAGAGCAGUACAUUUCAAAGCUAGACGAACUUAUGGACAAUCAAGGACAGCUUGCCAACGAAGUGAAGAAAGCUCUGCGUGUCGAGAGAGCCAAAGAGAACAAUUUUCUUAGAAAAGUUGAUUUUAAUGACUUCUGGCUGGAGAAACUUUCCCAGAAGAACAAAACUUCCGGGUACCUCGAUGAUCUUGAUUAA